AUGAGCCAGGUUCCAACAGAUCUCCUGCCACAUGAUAAUGCGGUAGGAGAAAUCUACAAAGUGAACAUCUCAUUCAUCGCUGUGACGUCGUUGAUCAUUGGACUGCGGUUAGUAGUCCGAGGUUUCGUCGUCAAGCAUAUUGCUGUAGAUGACUAUCUCAUGGUGGCGGCUGGACUAUUUUCCACUGCAUUCUCUACCAUGACUAUAGUUGGCAUCAGAUAUGGCCUCGGAAAGCACAUCUAUGAUAUCCCACAGGACCAACAUCUGAUUGACAGGACGAAGAAAGUGAUUCAGACGCUAUGGACCUGUCAGAUCAUGUACGCUACAGCACUCAUGCUGGUCAAGAUCUCCAUUGUGACGUCCUAUCUACGAGUCUUCCCAACGGUACUCUUCCGUCGCAUAAUGUACACCCUCAGUGCUGCCAUCAUUGCUGUAUGGAUCUGCAGUAUCCUAGUCACCAUCUUCCAGUGCAAGCCUGUACGAGCAGCAUGGGACUUCAACUUGACAAGGAACUGCUUGCCCAUCGUCAAGUUCUUUUACUUUGCGACAGCCUUUUCAAUCUUCACUGAUUUCUUGCUGUGUACGCUACCACUCCCAGUGUUUUGGAAGCUGAAGCUCCCGGCCAGGCAGAAGUACAUUGUCUCUGUACUGUUUGGAGUCGGGUUGUUCGCCACUGUUGCUUCUGCUCUCAGGAUCACCGUCAUUCCUGCUGUCGAUGAUCUCGACGUCACGAUGGGAUCAGUAUCUACGAUAAAGUGGUCGGUUGUGGAAGUGGGAACUGGCAUUGUCUGUGCCUGCAUACCGUGCUUGAAACCACUUUUUAAGAACCUUCUGCCGGACAAGAACUCAUCUCACAACCGAUCCGGUGGUGGAAGAUCGGACAGGACUGGUCCAUACACUCCCAAGAUUCCUCAAAGUGAAGAAAGCCACGAACUCACCAAGCCCACAGAAGGAUGGACGUCUUGGAGUCGACAAGACUCAAGACUCAAGGCUGCUCCUGUGAUUACGACGAAGAAUUUUAUCUGA